UGAUGAGGAAAUUCAGUGCGUUCAUCAAUACCUGAUCAUAUAUAUUUUUAAUAUUUAGAAUGAAAUUUUAUUGUGCUCAAUUUUUUUUAGAGAAGUUACCUUUGGCUAUCUAAUCAUUUUCAAAAAAAAAAAAUCAAAUUUACCCAAGCAAAGCAAGUAGUUAAGUGUUUUUUUUUGUUUUCGAACAUGAAAAAUUCAAUCGACUGCAGGGCUUGUCACUUAAAAAAAUUUCCCGUUCGUGCUGCUGCAAAGAGGGCUCUUGAAAAAUAUGAAGAGCAUUUAAAAAUAAAACGCCCAAAACCCCAAAUCAGUAAAAAGAAAAUUUCAUCAAGAAGAUUAAUUCGAAAUAGCAGUGAUUCAGAUGUGUCCAACGACAGUUAUGAUGAAAUCAAUCGUUUAAAAAUCGAAUCGACUCGUGAAACAUCCGAAUAUUAUGAGAAUGAAAUGGUAGGUUCCCCGCCACCAGUAUAUUUGAAUCCAUCUGAAUCAGCCGGGUUGGAAGCAGAAGAGCCACAAGAGCUAACCGAUCAUUCGCAAACGAUACCAGAUGUUCCAGCCAAGCAAAGUUGUAUAAUUGGAUGUGUACCAAAUGAACCACCUUCAGAUUUUGAGAAAAAAUACAGAGGCUGUGCAUUGAUGUAGACGAGAAAAAAGACGUACAUUUGUGCAAUUUGAUGAAUUUCUUUUACAAUGGAUACAAAUAUACAUUUUUGAAUUGGCGCGUUUCAUUCAUUCAUUGUCAAAUUGACAAAGUGUUGAUAAAAUUGAAUCAUUUAUUGUUAUUUUUCAUAGAUCCAGCUUAAAAUAUAGUUCUUAAAUAACUUACCGGAACUAAAUGGCAAUGCAUAUCUGAUGCGUGUUUAUUAAAUAGAUGCACAGCCGACCGAUGAG